AAAAAGAAGAAGAAGCAGCGACACAAACAGUCGACCUGCAGCCUCCUGGGCACUAUGAAACACUCUGCUGACUGAAAGCAAGCCUUUAAUCUGAACAUUAAACAUAUAUUAAAUAUUUACAGCUUAAAAUAAAAGGCCUCGCGUAGGCGUGUGAAGCUCGGUUUCCUCCUUCUGACCGGAGCGAGCUAGCGUUAGCCUGUUAGCUUAGCAGGAGCCGCUCCGCCGUGUGUCCGUGUGUGUGCAGGACUUUGCAGCUCCAGGAGAGGACACAGAUCCACCCGGAACUGCACCAGAACCGACCCAGACUCUUCUCUACACCUGCGGCUGCACGUGUCGGGUCCAAACGCGCCUUUUGCACGUAAAAGUUUGACACAAAGGCGACAAAAACAUCGCUGCAGAACGAGGAAGUCUGAAUGAUCCGCUGCUCGCUGCUGCAGCUGCACUGCCUUAUUGAGCUGCUUCUCCUGCAGCCCUGCAGCCUCUGACCGAUCCUCUGGGGAAGUAUCUUUGCGUGCGAUCGCUAAAUCUAUCGGCAUUUAAUCAAGCUAGUCUGUUAUCCACACCAGCUCUUAUCUGAUAAUCUUAUAAAGCUGGAAAAGAGUCAAAGAAACGAGAUGAUUCCGGACAAAGCGCCGAAGGAAGAUGUCUUCCACGGGUCCGAGGACCUGAAGAAGGACGCUCACAUCCCCAGUUUUGAUAGAUAUAAGGAGCUCUACCUGAAAUCCAUAGAGAAUCCAGAUGGUGAGGAAGGCAACGAGCCUGGUGAUGAGCUGACGGUGACCUACAGAGAGCUGCUGCAGAGAGUCUGCCAGUUCUCCAACGUGUUGAAGUCUCAGGGAGUGAAGAAAGGCGACCGUGUGUCCAUCUACAUGCCGAUGGUGGUGGAGCUGGUCGUGGCCAUGUUGGCCUGCGUCCGCAUCGGAGCCGUUCACUCCAUCGUGUUUGCAGGUUUCUCUGCUGAGUCUCUGUGUGAGAGGAUCCUGGACUCUCAGUGUUCGCUGCUCGUCACAGCAGAUGGUUUCUAUCGAGGAGAUAAGCUGAUCAACCUGAAGCUCUUAGCUGACGAAGCACUGCAGAAAUGCAGAGACAAAGGUUUCCCCAUACAGAGGUGUAUAAUGCUGAAGCAUUUGUCCAAAGAAGCAGAAGAGACUCCUCUGGGCUCCCAGUCUCCUCCCGCCAAACGCUCCUGUCCCGACCUGCAGCAGGAGAAACAGACAGGGAGAGUAAAGAAAACACGUCCUGUUCCUCAGGUCCCGUGGAACCCCGAGGUGGACUUGUGUUGGCAUUCUUUGGUGCGUGGAGCGUCUGACGAGUGUGAGCCGGAGUGGUGCGAGUCUGAAGAUCCUCUUUUCGUCCUCUACACCAGCGGCUCCACCGGCAAACCCAAGGGAGUUCUGCACACGGUGAGCGGCUACAUGCUCUACACCGCCACCACCUUCAAGCUGGUGUUCGACCACCAGCCCGAUGAUGUGUACUGGUGCACGGCGGACAUCGGCUGGAUCACCGGACACUCGUACAUCACCUACGGCCCACUGGCCAACGGGGCCACCAGCGUCCUGUUCGAGGGUCUGCCCACCUACCCAGACGUAAGCCGCAUGUGGGAGAUUGUGGACAAAUAUCACGUGACAAAGUUCUACACAGCGCCGACCGCCAUCCGGCUGCUGAUGAAGUACGGCCGGGAGCCUGUUCACAAGUAUAAGCGAGAGUCUCUGAAGGUUCUGGGGACGGUGGGCGAGCCCAUAAACCCCGAGGCCUGGCAGUGGUACUACAACGUGGUGGGAGAGAAGAGGUGUCCCAUCGUAGACACCUUCUGGCAGACAGAAACUGGUGGACAUGUGCUGACUCCUCUACCUGCAGCCACGCCCAUGAAGCCAGGCUCUGCUACAUUCCCGUUCUUCGGAGUGGUGCCAGCAAUCCUGAACGAGUCCGGAGAGGAGCUGGAGGGUCCAAGUGAAGGAUACCUGGUGUUCAAGCAGCCGUGGCCCGGCGUGAUGAGGACGGUUUACGGGAACCAUCAGAGGUUUGAAACCACCUACUUCAAGAAGUUUCCGGGAUACUACGUGACAGGAGACGGCUGCCGGAGAGACAAAGAUGGCUACUACUGGAUAACAGGGAGGAUUGACGACAUGCUAAAUGUCUCUGGUCACCUCCUGAGCACGGCAGAGGUAGAGUCGGCGCUGGUGGAGCACGAGGCGGUGGCGGAGGCUGCUGUGGUGGGCAGACCUCACCCAGUCAAAGGAGAGAGUCUCUACUGCUUCGUGACUCUAACUGAUGGAGUGACGUACAACCGCACGCUGGAGGCCGAGCUCAAACGACAGGUGCGGGAGAAGAUUGGGGCUAUCGCAACACCAGACUACAUCCAGAACGCUCCAGGACUCCCCAAGACCAGAUCUGGGAAGAUCAUGCGACGGGUUCUCCGUAAAAUCGCCUGUGACGAGCGCGACCUGGGCGACAUCUCCACGCUUGCCGACUCCUCCGUGGUGGAGCAGCUCUUCCAGAACAGAUGCUGCACCAGCGUGUGACCACCUCCAUGAUCCUUGCGGGGAGGCGCCGACUGCAGCCGCACGACAGCGGCCACAAACCAACCAGGGAGGAGGAGAAGAAGAAGAAGAGGAGGAGGAAUCCACAAACUUGGUCUUGUCCAACAAACAACCUUUAGCUCCUGAUGAGAGAGCGGCGUGCAGCAGAGUCUGUUUAAAGACCCACUGUCCUUUUUCAUGUCAGAAAUCAGGUAGAGACAUAACAUCUGUCUAGCUGCUGCCAGAUGUGGGGGGAAGUGUAACAUCAGGCUGCUGGCUUAAAUGUUUUCCAGCGUGGCAGUGUUGUUUCAGAGUGAGAAGCCAGAGGUUGUUUCUGAGAAAGGCCGUCCUGCAGGAGGAAAAGGGAAACACUUUGUUUGGUUUUACCCAAUAAAACACAGAAACAUCUGCUCAGUAAAAAUCUUUAUCAGGAGGUUAUUUCAGACUAAAGUGAAGUCUCCCUGUAGUUAACACACAGCUCCUCCCCUCGCUCGCUGCCAUAGUACUGUUAUAUAAUAUGUACACUGAUGAUUAGUUUAAUCUGCUCAAUAUUUCUACUAGUUUUCAUUUCUAUUGUAAUUUUCUAAAAAACAAACAAAAAAAACAUAUUUUGGGUUUUUAUUCCAACAAGUUUUGGACAUAGGGUGUGUUGGGUAUGUCUGUUAGUGUGUCUGCACGCUUUUAUGUUCCUUUUUUUCCCUUAUUCCUUUAAAGGGACAGUUUAGUGGUUUUGUGUGAGCUGCUUAUCAACAGUCAGUGUACAGGUGCAUCUCAAUGAAUUAGAAUGUGAUGAAAAGUCCAUUUCCAGUAGUUCAAGUCAAAUAGCCCCAACCAAGUAUUGAGUCAUAUAGAUGACAUACUUUUCAGAGGCCAUCAUUUCCAUAUUAAACAUACUUUUUAAAAUUGGUCGUUUGUAAUAUUAACAUUUUUUUGAGACACUGAAUUUUAGGUCUUCAUUAAAUGUAAGCCAUAAUCAUUAUAAUUAGAAGAAAUUAAAUAAAUUAAUACAUGAAAUGUUUCAUUCUGUGUGUAAUGGAUCUAUAUAAUGUGUAAUUUCCACAUUUUGAAUUUAAUUACUGACAUCAAUACAUUUUUCUAUGAUAUUCUAAUUUAUUGAGAUCUGUAUCACCUGUAUUUCCUGCAGUAGAUGGUAGAUGGUCGGUUUGAGUACUGACACAGAAGCCUGGAAAUGUUCUGCUGUGGACCGGGGUGCCAGCAUACCUUAAAAAAUAUCAAUGUCAGUUAACGUUUUGGUUGUUUUCAGUGGUGUGGUCAGAACAAGGGUGCUGCAAGUAGAGGGGUAGAAAGUUUCUGCCCCUGGCCUAAUUUGGCCUCAUGGUGGAGUAAUCCUAUGACAUGAUGGUGUCUAGUAAGAAUGUUUUUGACAGCUUUGCCUUGCUGUCACACGUCCCGUUUCGAUAGGGAGCUAAAGCUGUUCAGCUACCAGACUCCAUUGACAAAAACAGUAAUUUAAGCACACAGGACACAGGAGUUGCUGCUCUGCUGCUGCCUUGGUCGGUUAGUUCUUGUGUUGUGUGACUUUGGUGUUUUAAAGGGUGAGUUCAGAUUCAUCAUUACAUCAUUAUAUUUGUCCAAACAAAUGUACCUUUAGUUGUACCAGGCAUUAAAAUGAACAAGUAAUUGAAGAAAAACAAUGGUCUAAUAAUUUUUUCCAUCACUGUAGAUGGAUGUAAUGGCUUCAGGUACCCAAAGGAAAAUGCUGUUUGAAAGCAAGGUGAAGCAGCAAAACUAUUCUAAAUGUAGAAAAACAAUAAAAGUGUGUUUAGUGUUUAAAAAAUAUUUAGCUGCUGCCCCGACCACAGCAGUUUAGCGUCUGUGUCAGCACUCCAGUGAUGUUACCAACUUCUCCUGAGUGUUGUAUGAACACUUUUACAACAGCCUAGUGUCACACUCGCUGUGUAAUAUGUCUUAUUUUAGUGCAUUAUAGAGCUCAAGUGUCGGGGAUCAUUCUCUCAUUUGGAUGUUUCUCUUUGAGGAAACUAAUAACAAAGAGUAGUAUCUGUGGUGUGCCGACCGCCGUCUACUGACUGUUGAUAAGUAUUUCAUAUAGCAACACUUUAAACUGUCCCUUUUAAGUGUCAGAGAGGUGAUCGGGCUCUUCUCCCAGUCUGGUGGAAACUGGGAACGUGUGUUAAACGUCGUGUAACUCAGGAGAACACUAAACACCCCAAACCUGCCGCAGGUCCAAUAAUGAAAAAGGUGUGUCAGUAAUUUCCUAAUAGUCCACAAAAAAGUUUCUGAUUUAGUUUUCUUGUCUUUUUAUGCGUCUAGAAAUCUGACUUGAGAGAAUGUUUAACGGCUGCAGUUAUGGGAGAAUGAUUGGAAGAGUUUAUUUACAAAAACAGAUAAAAAAACAUUUUUUUAAUGAAUAAACGAACACAUUCAGUUGUAUGAUUUUCACUUUGAUUGCAUGAAAAAGUGCUUAGAAAAAAAUCUAAAAUAUUUGAGAUAUUUAACCAGAACAACCCAACAGGACUGCAGGAGGCCCCCAAAAACAUUAUUUAGGGAAAUAGUCAUGGAAAAAAUGAUUAGACCAACAACAAAAAUAGCUGAUAAGAGUUUAAUUUAAGAGCUGAUAUCUAGACAUUUUCCAUGUUUUUCUUGUUAUUGAUUUUGGUUAUCAUCAAGAAAACCUUGGAGAAUGUCUUUAUCAGCUCUUAAAUUAAACUCUAAUCAGCUAUUUUUGUUAUCAUUAUAUUCGUCCAAACAAAUGUACCUUUAGUUAUACCAAGCACUAAAAUAAACAAGAAAUUUAAUAAAAAAGGUGGUCUAAUCAUUUUUUCCAUGACUGUAAAUCAGAAUUGAGAUGUCUGUUUUUGCAAAUGAACUCAUUUGGUGAAAGUUGGCAGAACUCAUAUUGUAUCUGUGGAUAAAUAAAAUAAAAAUCUGGAUCAUGAUAUGGUACUAUGGUAAAAUAACACAUGGUGAAGUCCGUUUAAUUAAAGCUGAAGAAUAAAACGUAAAUAAUGUCUUUAGUCACAGCUUUGUUUAGUCAUUUACUGUUCGUCAGAGUUUCAGCUCCUCUGGAUCUGAGGACAGUUCAUCUAAAAGGACAGAGCUGGUGGUAUUCUAACUUUAUUAUUAUUAACAAUGUCCAUAAGACACAAGACUAAAACCAACAUAGAGGAAGAAAUAAAGUAAUGAGAAUAAUGUCUCUCAGCUUCAAAUUCUCAUUGUCCAUUUGUUGAGUUUUAUGGAAUUUGCCGACGAGAAUAAAACUAAGGAAUACCACCUGAGUUUUCCCUUUUUAGUGUUUUAUUUUUCCAGAUAUUUAAGGAGAAAAUUAAAAUUAAAAAAACGGAAUUAUUUCUGUUCUGAGAGACUGAAAUCGGGGUUAAAUCAAGUCGUUAUUCACAACAUAAAAUUGACUCAAAAUGAACUAAAAAUCUGAAUUCUGAGCUCAAAGUUUCUUUUUUUAGUUUCCGUUGUGGAUGACGUCUGUGAUUGUAGCAAUGAUUUAUUUUGAGCAUGAUGAACCAGAUGCAGGACCUCAUACAGACUUCAUCAGCUGUUCUUUUUCUUAUUUGUUGCUGUUUGUGUGUCAAUGUGCCAACCUGUGUAACGGCGGAGCUGGGGCUGUAUAAUGCUAAUAAUUGUAUCUAAUGUUCAAGAAAAGUGCAGCUGCUUAUUAGAUUUACAAGCUUUUUAUUUCUGUUUGUGUAAUAACUCGGGUAAAGGAAAGAGAACUUUGCUGUUUGUAUUUUUUUCCUCUAUGUUCAUCCUCAGUUUUGUGUUUUAACUUCUCUGUUUGUAUCGACGUGUAUGCAAUGACAGUAAACGGACAUGACUACUGCCU